AUUCAUGAGCCUUGGCUUUUUGUGGCUUUUACCCAGGCUGAGGCUGGCAGUGUUUGUACAAUGCAUGCAGUGUAGAGAGAGCGCAUCGUUCUAACAAAGAACUAGCACGGAACGGAUACGAUCGCCGAGUCUCCGAGUUUGAAGUAGUGGGUCGGUGGUUGUGUGAUCUCUCGCUUGUUUUGCAGCCCCCAGUCACAACACUGCCGCAGCUGACAUCGCAACCUGUGCGACUUCGGCCAGUUAGCUAGCUGCUACCUACCGUAUCUUCCCACCGUUUACCACCCACUGUGCGAUGGCGGAUGAGACAAGUGAAAGGUGUCGUGCUGUGUUGCACCGCACGUUAGUUCUUCGCCUGGUGAUCUGGAUCUUCCUGCUGCCUUUGUGUGCAAGAGUCCGCGCAGAACAUUUAAAUUGUUCACACAAGUACACGAAGCAUCUGAAUCACUUUCCCAACUGUAGUCCUUAUAUCAGUGGUGUAAUGAGGUUGGAAUGUAUAGUGGAGGUUCCUUUGAAUGCUACCGACAUCACUAUUGGUUGGUUCAUGGACUGCCAGCAGUUGACUAAUGACGUUCACGUCACCAUUGAGUCUCUAGUCCAAGUGACAGCAGAAGUUCGCAACAUUACGUCUCGAUUGACAAUCAAUGGGAUAACUGAUGAUUAUGCUGGUAAAUACACGUGUAACAUGCUGGGAGACGAGGAGUAUGUCCCUGGUAAUCAGUUGGAGUUAGGAGACUCGGAUAAACUUGAGUUAAUAGGUGGUCUAGGAGCAUGUAUAAAUGGAUCUCUCUUCAGUGCUGCUCCACCUCCAGGGAAAUGUGCAGUAAUUAUAGCGGACAGCCCUGUACCCAUGUCUCUUUCCUGUGAAGCUCCACCUGCAACCUCCUCCCAUAGCCAACCAACCUCAACACCUGUGGUUCUCCCAACUAGUACCUCACUCCCUCACCCCUCCUCCUCCUCUCCCACCCUAUCUCCCACCAACCUCUCAUCCAGUGCUCCCUCGCCUACAGACCCAACAGUGGCCACUUCUCUCCCCACCAACCAAGAACCCUCCUCCGUCUGGCUGUACGUGGUGGUGGCCAUCGCGGCAGUGUUCUUCAUGAUCAUUGUGGUCCUGGCCAUCGUGUGUGUCGGGAUGUGUGUCCUCCGCAACAGAACGUUGGAUGGAUCACCGACCCUGGGGUUCUCCGAUAGAGUAGGCCACGAUGCAUACCAGGGAGGAUUGCGUCAUAAUUAAGGAGAGGUUGUCAAGACAACCAGCAUGAGGCCAAACAUAGGCUACGAGGGAGAGUUUUACCCCGACACAGGCCACACUGGCAGCCCCCCACCCCCCCUCCCCAACCACCCCUCUGUCCCCUCUCCCUACAACACAAUGGGGUCGACUGCAGACUACGAGAUAGUCGGCCCGGGGAGCCACUACCAGCGACUGGAGCGACCCACACUCAAGGCCACAGGCGGGAUGAUGUCGAGACUCGGCUCAAUCCAGGACACUUUCAGCCCCUCUACCACACUCACCUCUGUGUACCCCCUCUCCCCCUCCAGUCGUAGCGAGGUACCAAUUAUUGGAGGAGUUCCCCCUCCGCUCCCAAGCACGGCUCGUCUGGGAGGGGCAAAGAUGCUGUGCUCCCCAGAGUCCUCUGCCGUGUUUGACAGCGCCUUCCACACUGGCGUCGUGGACAUUUCCAGUCCGUUGGAUCGUGAUCGUGUCGACAGCACCUCCAUGCUCAUCCCCAAGGAGAAAAGGAGUGUCUCUACGAUUGGAACUGGGGAGUUCGAGGGGUUGUACACCCCGCGAGGUCUGAGAAACUCACCCACCUCCCCCAACCAGGUGAACCACCCGCUACAGAGUGUCCCUGAGUCAGGGACGAGCUUCCCAGAGCCCCGUAACCCACAUCCCUUCCCCACCAGCACCACCUACGAGAGCAUGCCCGGAGACGAAUCGUCCUGCAGCGGUAACACGAUGGUGGCCAGCUAUGAGAAACCGCUACCCAGCCCCACCAAGUCCGGUCGUCAUCCGAGGGCUGUGACCCUGCCAGUGAGCCCUCCUCCUUCAGACGGUCGAGCAAGAGAGGCCACAGUGUCCGUCCACCACAACUGUUUCAGAGAUGCAGGCGGCUCCGUAACUCUCAGUCCCCACACGCAACAGGGGCUGGAGCUGGCUACCAUGUCGGGGCCCACCUACCACACUCUGGAGCAGUCCAGUGAUGUCAACAACGGCCCUCGUAGUCUCACUAAUGGCUUGUUCUCUGAGCCACCUCCGCCAUACCCGGCAGUAGAGACUGCAGAUCUCACCCUGGACUCAGAGUCUGGUAGCAACACCCUCACUCCUGGGUUCCCAGUCGUGUCUGCUGACUUCGCCGACACACCGAGCGACGGUCCAUUCCCAGUCUCCAAAGUCCGGCCGCAGAGACGACAGCUGGCCAGCGAAAUUUCGUCAGAUUUCACCGGAGAAUCGGACUACCCGCAGCUUGAUGAUGCCCUCACAGACUGCACGGGUGGUAGCUCUACCACCGCCUACCCUGAGAGUGAGUGGACAGGUGGGACAUCAACGGUAGGAGCCAACGGAACGCUAGCUGGGGAUUCCACCAUUUUCAACUUCAACGGGAGACCAUCGUCACACAACGGCAGUAUCAGCAGCGCCCGCACAGUCACACCUCUGUCAGACGGUGGUUCGGGACUCCACAGACCUUUGUCCACCGAGAGCUCGCAAAGGGCACCGUCUUACGACGGAACGCCAAACAGAUCUCUAUCCAACGGGGAGACUCCUAGCAUAUCACCGCUAAAUGGAAUGACAUCGCCACACGAGACCUUGUCCAUUGGAGGGAGUGUAGUACCUAACGGAAGCUGUUCGGUGACAGUGCAGUUUCCUCGUGUUCCCGCUGGUUCCUCGCAUACGGUGCCGGCUAACAGUGGAGGUAGUGCAGUUAGCACCCAGGGAGGGGGGCCGAUGUCACAUACAAUAAGUUCACCCAGAAACCACUACAAGAGGCUAGACCCAACCACUAUGGAACCCAGGCUCAAGUACACGAGACUAAAUGUUGGUAAACUGACCGUAGUUUGAGAUCAGAGUUUCUAUAAUAAUUGUACAUGUCUUUUUUCUAUGUCCUCAUGUUUGCAUUCUAUAUUGUGUAUUACAAUGUUUUUGUAGUCGUCAUUUUUGUAUUACUGUGUUAGUUUGUUGUACCACUUAUAAUUGCACUGACAGUUUUACCCAUUGAGAUUAUGGGUGUAAAUUUUCUGUAACCCCAUUAUCCUGAACGUGUACAAUAAUAUGAAUAAUAUCACUGCUGUAACAUGUUUCCUGGAA